AUGGGGGGGGGAAACAAGAGAGGUGGAAUGAAGGGGGAUUUCCUCCCUUCCGUUUUCCUGCCCGUACCAGUUUUUACCGCUCUGGAACGGCCACAACUGCCCCCUUUCACCCUGCAGUUCCCAACGGUCCAAUCACCACCCUUCUUCUUUCUCCAGAUUGAUCGGUCGCUGGUAAUAUUGGUAUCACUCGUAACCGAUGAUACAUCGAUACCUUACUGGUCGUACCACUCCCACUUUUCUAAACAGUCCAGUUACUCUCCCAUGGAUAGCGGGCUCCCAGGCACGGUUCCUCUAGCCUCUGUGCUCUCCCCAGUUCUUCUCAGGGGUCGGGGGCAGCAGAAGGCGUUUCCACCGCCGCCGUGGGUCGCUGCGGGCCGCCGUAGCGUCUAUUGGCCCGGAAUCCGCUGCCCUUCCGGCAUCCCCCAGCCAAAAGCGGACCCCCGGGCCUUAUCUACUUUACUGAUGCUCGGAAUGAACACCCGACAAGUUAUCGAUGAGUCUGUGGGGCCACUCUCACUCUCUGCUACAUUCAACAAUGAUACCUCCUGCUUCGCAGUUGGCUUGGACACGGGCUUCUGUGGUAGGUCCUGGCUAUGCCCUUCAUGCAAUAGCUUCCCUUUCGGGAUACCCAAGCUAAAGACGUUAUGA